AUGGAUGAAGUCAAGAGGAUGGAGCUCAAAUAUACCAUUGCAAGUGUCGGCCUCGAUCUCAAGGGCCGCAAGUUGAUUGUCGGCCAAGAGCCCGGUACGUGGGCGCGCGUCAUCGACUAUGAUUCGGGCGAAGAGCUUGAUACCCACAAGGGCCACCACGGUCCGAUCUGGUCGGUUGCUUUCUCGCCUGAUGGCAAACUCUACGCGACCGGCUCAGAGGAUGGCACGAUCAAGAUGUGGAAGAACUGUGAGGGCUUUUACGGGCUCUGGCGUGGCGGUGCCAACGCCGAGCGCACCGUGGACUAG